AUGUUUUCAACCAAUUUAGAGCCGGUUCAUAUCUGCUUUGAAGAUGCAAUGAUAACCGGAGAUGAAAUCACAGAAAUUUUGGCGUUUCUUCAAUCAAGCGAUUUGGACAAAUCAAGUGGUUCAAACGAGUUGGUAGAACCAGUUGAUGAGAAGAAGAGAAGACGGACGAUGUCAAAUCGGGAAUCAGCAAAGAGAUCGAGGUUGAGAAAGAAGAGACGCUUUGAGGACUUAACGGAAGAGGUAAACCGGCUAAACCUAAAGAACCAAGAGCUGAAAAACCGACUGGCCAAUGUUUUAAGGAGUGGUAAUUUCAUAUCAAGGGAGAACAACCGAUUGAAAACCGAAUCGGUUUGCCUUGAAAUCAGGCUUGUUGAGUUGUACCGGUUUUUAGUGGCCAUGCAAUCACUAACCUCAACGAGGUUAAGUUAUAUCACAGAGUUCGAGAUUUAA